AUGUCUCUUUUUCGAGUGCGACCACUUCUAAGAUGCAAUGCCACUAGACUGUGCAACCAAUCCCGGCGAUAUCUAGCCACAUCAUCAGCAGCUGAUCCAGAUCCCUCCGCUGGAACAAAUCAGCAGCGUCAUGCCACCUCGAAUCGCGUGAGGCUGGUCGAAGUCGGACCUCGAGAUGGUUUACAGAACGAGAAGAAGGCAAUCCCAUUAACGACGAAGAUUGAGUUGAUAGAGAAACUGGCCAAGGUCGGACUUACGGAUAUUGAAGCUGGUUCCUUCGUUGCCCCAAAAUGGGUGCCACAGAUGGCAGAAUCGAACGAGGUUCUUGAAUACCUUCUCAAAUACCCACCAAACUCACUGAAUCCCAUCGCCUACUCCUUCCUCGCGCCCAAUGCCAAAGGCCUGCAAAAUGCCCUCUCAAUCCUCCGUAACCACCCAAACACUUACCGCACAUUGGAUCAACAGACUUCAUCCCCCUACGAACCCGACGAGGCCUCCCCUGCGAAGAGUGCACCUGGCGCUGAGUCCACAAGCGGCAAACCCCUCAUCGAACUCUCUGUCUUCGCAGCUGCAACCGAAAGCUUCACGCAGAAGAAUCUCAAUUGUUCAAUCGCCAAGUCGCUGGAGAACUUCAAGGAGGUAAUCCAAGGGGGGAAGGCACACGGGUUACGAGUGCGCGCAUAUAUUUCAGUGGUUCUGGGUUGCCCAUUUGAGGGGUACGAUGUGGACCCCAAGAAAGUGGCCGAGAUCGCCUGUGACCUGAUGGAGAUGGGUGCAGAUGAGAUAGCACUCGGCGACACGACGGGGAUGGGAACCGCGCCUAGGACGAGCGAGUUACUCCGAGCUAUGCACGCUGCUGGAAUUAGGAACGAGGAUAUGGCGAUGCAUUUCCACGACACAUAUGGACAGGCGCUAGUCAACACGGCGGUCAGUCUGGAACAUGGAAUUCGUAGCUUCGACUCCAGCGUUGGUGGAUUAGGCGGGUGUCCCUAUAGCCCUGGUGCCACGGGCAAUGUGAGUACGGAGAAUAUGGCGUAUUUCAUGGAGAGUUUGGGGAUGGAUACUGGCGUGGAUCUGGAGGCGCUGUGUGAUAUUGGAGACUGGAUUACUAAGGAGAUUGGGAAACCAAAUGGGAGUAGUGUUGGGAAGGCUAUUUUAGGGAAGAGAGGGGCUUGA